AGAGUGUCAUGUCAGUUUAAUUUAGUUGCUUUGUUUUGAAAAUUUUGAUACAACAUUUCAUUGUCUUAUUCGUUGCAAAAAUACAAAUUUCACGAUAUUUGAGUCUAAAAAAGUAGUUAAACAUGGAAGUGAAUGAAUCCCUUGAAAUGGUCGAAUCAAAGCAUGAUUUCAACCAAGAUCCGGAAGACGACGAAAUUCUUCCACCGGAAGUAAGCCCCCCGAGGCAUCCCUUUCAAUGUGAAAUCUGCGACCGAAUCCUCACGACCAAACAGUCGCUUCAAGUCCACAAGCGCACUCACGCAGAUCCGGUCAUACGGCCGAUGUUCGGUUGCGAAAUCUGCGGGACCACGUUCAAAUCCCGUACCGGCCUGAGUUACCACCUGGAAACGAAGCACAUCCCCGAGAAUGAGCGCAAGAAGCUGCCCUGUCCGACGUGCGGCCGGAUUUUCAAAAGCGACGAGGGCCGGAAGAUCCACAUGACCAUCCAGCACGGCGUCGGCGGGCCGAUCUUCCGGUGCAAGGAAUGUCCGAUGGUGUUCGCUCGGAAGCACCACCUAGAUCUGCACAUGGCAACCCACGGCGCGGGCCAGCACGUUUGCACGAUCUGCGGGAAGUCGUUCGCCAGGCUGAAGGGCCUGUCCCAGCACGAGGCCAUCUGCGGCGGCGUCAUGGAACUGUGCUGUCCGCUGUGUGGCAAGCAGCUUCGGAGCGAGCAAGCGCUUGAGAAUCACCGGAAAAAGUGCCGAUCGAGCGGUUUGAGGGGUGAAGUCGGUGACGGUGAGAAGCGGGGACGUCCGAAAAAGAGCGGAUCCGGCGGCGAGGAGGGCAAGGUUCGCAUGAGACGCAGCAAACAUGACCGGUUUCUUGGACUGGAGCAUUUGGCGGAUCCAUCAGCGCUGGUCGAAGCAGUUGUUGAUCCGGCCAAGGUUGAGCCGAAACCCGUCGACCCCUACCCGAAGCGAUUUCCAUGCGAGCAUUGUCCGUUGGAUUUCGCUUCGAAGCAGGCAAUGCAGUAUCACGCACAGCAACAGCACUGGCAAGUUAUGGGGCUUGUGGAUCCAGCGGAGAGAAGGAUCCGAUGCGUGCAUUGUCCUUACAAGUGUUAUAGAAAGCAAGAGUUGCAGAAACACGAGCGCCGAAAGCACUGGGAUGUGCUGGGUCUUGCGAAACCAACUAUUCUGAAGCGUGGACGGAAGAAGACGCGAAAGGAGGUUGACUAUGUUGAACUUGAGGGAUUGCCGGCAGAAGUGGAGUGUGACGUCAAGAACGAGGAGGUUGAUCCGGUGAAGUUGGAAGAUACUUUCGCUGAGGCAAAAAAUGAGUCCUACGAACCAACACCUGAUGGCUUUGCAGCGAACGAAGUUUUCAUCAAGGAUGAGAUGGUCGAAUUUGCUAAUGACUUCGAUCUGGAUUACUUCGAAAAUGAUUCGACGGACGGCGACGAGCUCGUUGAGAAGCCGACGUUUGAGAGCAUUGCGGCGGAUGUUGACAACCUGCAAGAGCCAACCAAGGAAGAGGUUGACACUCUUGACGUUGAACCGGCGCUGGAGGAGGAACCACGCGUUUUCAAAGAACUCGUCAUCAAGUUGGAAAAGCUAGAUUAUUUCGCGCUGGUAAAAUCAAGCAGCUGCGAGAAACGGGUCAAGAGGAGCAAAACAACGCCCGCUUCAAGCUACCGCUGCGAGGAGUGUGAUAGAUCGUACAACCACAAGGGUAACUUCAAGGCGCACAACGAAAAAGUUCACGGCAUUACGGAAGAAGCUGACGAAGGUGCUUUAACACGCUCCUGUAAGCACUGUGAUAAACGGUUCAGAAACUGGACUCAGCAGCUCAGACACACGAAGCUACUCCACGGUGAAACCAUCGACGAGUCGCAGUUUGUGCAGUGUCCGGCGUGUUUUGCAAAGUUUUUCAAUCAGGAAGACAUGAAAGAGCACGACUGCCCCAGGAGUUCCGAGCGCAUGGCGUUACGUCCGUUCAAGUGUGACCGGUGCGAUAAGUCGUACGCUCUCCUAACGCAACUGGAAGGCCACUAUCCCAUUCAUCCGGAGUACCAGAACUUUAAGUGUGACAUGUGUCCAAAGGCAUUCUUCAAGGAAAGCACGCUGAAAUCACACAAGGGCUACAAGCACGGACCGCGGACGAAUAUAAUUCGAAAGUUUAGAUCCAAAGCCAAGUUGAAUAAACCGUUUCCCAGGAAGGAAUGCGAACAUUGUGGACAAACGUUUGCGCACCAAUACCAUCUAGCGCAACACCGAGUCAAGGAACACGGAAGUACGGAAAUACCGGUGGCAAACAGACCCGUUCCAAGGACGACGCUUCCGCGGAACUUUCACUGCGACCAGUGCGAUAAAUCGUUCUACUACGAGUCUUAUUUCGCGGCUCACAAGGCAAAGGUUCACGGCGUCGGGGAAGCCCCACCACAGUACUAUAGAAAACAAUUCCCGAUGCACACCUGCAAGCACUGUCAAAAUAAAUUCACAUCCUGGGGCGCUCUGAUCUACCAUCGGAAGCACAUCCACGGAGAAAGCAUUGAAAAGACGCAAUUUGUUAAAUGUGCGUCGUGCCAGUUGAAAUUCGCUUCCGAAGAGGAAAUGGCGAACCAUGUUUGCCUCAGGGGAAUCAUUCGCGAAAGGGAACGUCCCUUCAAGUGCGACCUGUGCGAUAAAGCUUUUCCCGUAAAAACUCACCUGGAAAUCCACUAUUCCGUCCAUCCGGAAUACCACAACUUCAAGUGUGACGAAUGUCCGAGGGGUUUUUACUUUGAAAGGGAGCUCGACAAACACAAGAAGAAGGUGCAUAUAUCAACAGAGUCGUACCACACGUGUGAGACCUGUAAUCUGCGGUUCAAAACCAAAGGAAACUUGGUACGACACCAGGAGUUCCACAUGGGCCGCGUGUACUGCUGUGAGCAUUGUGGCAAAGAGUUCCAAGCGCGACAUUCGCUCAAAACGCACAUGUACUACGCGCACGCUGAGUACGGGAGCGAGGCCGCCCGUGCCGCCCGAGCGAUCCCUUGCAAAAUCUGUGGCAAAACGCUCGCCGGAACCAGUAGUUUGAAGUUGCAUAUGGAAAUACACACCAACGAACGGCAGUUCAAAUGUUCCUUUCCAUCCUGUGGAAAAUUAUUCCUCAGAAGAACCUGUGUAAGGGUGCACGAGCAAAGUCACACGAAGGAUUACAGAUUCAAGUGCAAGUUCUGCGAUUACGGCACCGUUCACCGGAAGACAAUUCUGCUGCACGAGCAGCGGGAGCAUAAUUACAACCGGCUCGUUGAAGGGAACGAUUCGUGAGAUGAUGAAAAUCACUGAAAAAACUGUAUUCUUAUCAUAACUUCAAUAAAACCAGCUAAGGACCAUUCUGUCAUAGUA